CGCACGCGUGACGGCGCCUCCCAAGAUGGCGGACAACCUGCCCACAGAGUUCGAUGUGGUGGUGGUGGGCACCGGUUUGCCUGAGUCCAUUAUUGCAGCAGCAUGUGCCAGAAGUGGCCAGAGAGUUCUUCAUGUGGAUUCGAGAAAUUACUAUGGUGGAAAUUGGGCCAGCUUUAGUUUUUCAGGAUUAUUGUCCUGGAUUAAAGAAAAUCAGCAAAAGACAGAUCUCAGUGAUGAAUGUGACGACUGGAGAAAACUGAUCCUUGAGGAUGAAGAAGCAAUUCCUCUUAGCAGCAAGGAUAAAACUAUUCAACAUGUUGAAGAUUUCUGUUUUGGAGAUCAGGAUUCAGCUGAAGGUGUUGAAGAAGCUGGUGCACUGCCAAAGCUGCCUGUGUUUGGAGCCCCUGCUGCCCAGGGGGUUUCUCCAGGGUCGGAGAAGGAGAGUCCAGCAGUGGAGGGGAUUUCUCUGGGAUCAGAGGAGAGUCCAGCAGCGGAGGGGAUUUCUCCAGGGUCAGAGGAAGAGAAUCCAGCAGUGGAGAGCCCCAGAGAGGAGCCACUGACCCCAGAGCCAGAGCAGGCCCUGAGCACUGAGGCAGCUCCAGGGGACGGGGCAGGAGCAGCCCCUGGCAGUGGAGCUGCUCCCAGCACGGCUUCAGGAGAAUCCGCUCCAGAACCGGCAGAGACGGAAGCUGCACCCUCUGAAAGUGCUGCCCAAGAACCAAAGAAAAUCACCUAUUCCCAAAUUGUCAGAGAAGGCAGAAGGUUUAAUAUUGAUUUAGUUUCUAAGUUGCUUUAUUCCCGGGGCCUGUUAAUUGACCUCCUCAUUAAGUCCAACGUGAGCAGAUACGCUGAGUUCAAAAACGCCACGCGAGUUCUCGCCUUCCGAGAAGGCAAAGUAGAACAGGUGCCUUGUUCUAGAGCAGAUGUCUUCAACAGCAAACAGCUCACCAUGGUGGAGAAGAGAAUGCUCAUGAAAUUUCUGACAUUCUGUUUGGACUAUGAGGAGCACCCCGAGGAAUACCGAGAGUACGAGAGCAGCACGUUUGCUCAGUUCCUGCAGACACGGAAGCUGACCCCCAGCUUGCAGCACUUCAUCCUUCACUCCAUUGCAAUGGUGUCAGAGACUGAGAGCAGCACUCUGGAAGGUCUUCAGGCAACAAAAAAAUUCCUGCAGUGCCUUGGCCGCUAUGGCAACACCCCGUUCUUGUUCCCUCUGUAUGGGCAAGGAGAGAUCCCACAGUGCUUCUGCAGGCUGUGUGCUGUGUUUGGGGGGAUCUACUGCCUUCGUCACGCCGUGCGCUGCCUGGUGCUGGACAGAGCCUCGGGACGGUGCAAAGCUAUUGUGGAUCAUUUUGGACAAAGAAUAAGUGCCAACUAUUUUAUUGUGGAAGACAGUUACCUCUCAGAGAGCACAUGCACAAAUGUGUGUUACAGGCAGAUCUCCAGGGCAGUGCUCAUUACAGAUCAGUCUGUAUUGAAUACAGACUCAGAGCAGCAGGUUUCCAUUCUGACAGUGCCUCCCCUGGAAGAGGGCAGGGCAGCAGUUCGUGUCAUCGAGUUGUGCUCCUCCACCAUGACGUGCAUGAAGGACACCUAUUUAGUCCAUCUAACCUGUCCAUCAACUAAAACUGCAAGGGAAGAUUUAGAGCCUGUUGUACAGAAGUUAUUCAAUCUCAAUACAGCAAAAGAGACUGAAAAUGAAGAACUGGAGAAACCCAGGGUCCUCUGGGCAGUCUACUUCAACAUGAGGGAUUCUUCAGGAGUUGAGAAGAGUUCCUAUGCUGGGUUGCCCUCCAAUGUUUAUGUCUGCUCUGGGCCAGACUCUGCUUUAGGAAACGACUGUGCUGUCAAACAGGCUGAGACUAUUUUCCGAGAAAUGUUUCCAACAGAGGAAUUUUGCCCCCCACCACCGAAUCCAGAAGAUAUUAUUUAUGAUGAAGAUGAGAUUGAGCCAGAAGAGGCUGGAUUGAAUAAUUCACCAGAGACAAAGCCUGACUCCCCAGCUGAGGAGAACAGUAGUGGAGGACUGCUGGUGGUUACUGCUCCUGUGGAGGCAUUUUCAGCCAUGAAGCUGCUUCGUCUGCUUUUUCUUGUGAUGAUGAUGCUUAGGACCAUUUGACAGGUAAUCAUUAGAACUUGGAUCCUUGCAGACUAUGGGGUCUUUUUUCCCAUCAUUGCAGGGGGAUUUAUGUGGGCAACUCCUAUUAAUGUUAAUGGGACUUGCAUGUGUAAAUCCUCCUUGCAUCAAUGGGAAAAUUGACCCCUGAAACAAAAUAUCUGCGUGUUAGACUUGCUGAUUCAGAAACAUCCAGGCACUGCCAGCUUCCAUGUGGAAAUGUGCUGGAGCAUCUGCUAUUUCACUAGAUUGCUCUGGGGGAGUUUUCAGGAUUUUCUCACUUGCAUUGUAUUUUAUAUUUUCCAUAGACUGAGUCUUGUCAGAGUUCCUCCAGUGAUUUUCUUUGUAUAGCUGGGAAAUGCAAUUUCCCAUUCCAUACUGAGCAGGCUGCACAGCUCCUUGGAUUUGAUCUCAUUUUAUUUUAGCCCUCUCUCUCUUCCAUCUAAAUCUUUUUGCUUCAGCAGUGUGAGUUGCAACAGCUUAAUUUCAAGAAUAAUUUGCUAGUGAUGUAUUGAUUAAUGGCAAGUCAGAAGUAUUAAUGUACUGUUUUCACACAAUGAGAGACUGGGUCACUUACAAUCCAUAAUCUCUUCUGGAGAAAGGGUAAAACUAAUUUCCUCAACACUCCUGUGUGUGCUUCAAUACCUUGGCAGUACAAAUGAGAAUGUAUUUUAUCUGUGGAUAAGUUUACUCAUACUGUAUUGUGUGUGGUGUCAUUUACUCAGUUGCUUUUGUAGAUAUUUUAUAUAAUCUCUGCAGUGUGUUUUCAGUAGCAAAUUAUCCCUUGGAUGUAAAAAGUCUGGUGUAAACUGCUCCAGAGAUCUGUCCUGGCUUUUCUGCCAUAGUGAGUGCUCUCUUCAGCCAUUAAUUAUUGAAAAGCUCUGCAGAUUCUGGUGGGUCGUCUUCUGUUCAUGUUCUUUUUUUAAUUAUUUCUGAUGAUUUUGUGCCUGCCAUUAAUACAGUUGCUGAUUUUUCAGCAAGGGGAACAAUUUGCUGAGAUCACAUCAUGAAACAGUUGAUCUCUGUGUGUGUGUAUCUACAAUUCCUAACAAUUCUUCUCUAAUGGAUGUAUGUAUGAGCCUUAUAUGACAAUAUUAUUGAUUCACAGAAGUUUAUCACUUAAGCUUUUGCAGAAACCACCCACUAUAGAAUAUCCAAAUGUUAGAACUACCUGUGUUGCCAGAAUUAUCAAAAAUAUCUGUGGGAGUUGUGGUGGCAGGGCAAUGGCCUGCAUUCCUGGGGUAAGCAGUAGUGCCAAGUAUCUGUGGCAAGAUGUAGAAGUGGUUGUGACAUUGAAGUUCAAGACACUGAUGUAAAACAUUCAUUUAUUGCAACCCAAUUUAAUAGUAAGCUUGCUGCAGUGAUCAGAUGGAAAUCUUAGCUUAGGUGUGUGAUUUCAAGAACUUUUUUAAUGUGAUCAAAAGUUGCCAUAGAAGGAUUCUUUGAGCUGCAGAGGUGAAUGGUAGGAAAUGGUCAGCCAUGUGGAAUUCAUGUUGUCAGCUUCAUCUCCAGCAACAAAACAACUCGUGGUGGAAACAGAACUUAUUAGCAAUUCCACCAUUAUGUUUAUUUACAGGCUGCCAGUUCCUGUUUGGAAGAGUGAAUGGUUCUUCAAAAUCUGGCUGGGGAGCCUGGCAGGAAUGUUGUAAAUCUCACUGACAUCUGAGAUUUAGAAAGUUGACAGUGAAGUAUCAGGAAGAUGCAGUUGUUGGCUGCAUGGGAGUUCUGAUCAGAGGGGACUUUAAUAGAAAAUACUCUUCCUGUCACAAUUCCAACAGACAAUUUAUUUUACACUACUUGCAUACAUUGACAAAAGAGAUGGAAAGUAGCAGCCUGAGUGUAUAUCAGACCCAGAUGGAUUUGACUAAACAAUUCAGGAAGUCUCAGAACACCCACAUUUCUAGAUGGAGAUUUUCAGGCUCUCAUACUUCCUUCUGAAGUGCUACCCCGUAAUUCAUUGUAAUUUUGGGUCUCUGGAGAAGGCCUUGGUGCUGUUCCUACAUUCUGUAGGUUAACACUUGAGAAAGUGGGAUGGGCCAAGCCUGUGGGCCUCCAUCUGCCCUCUGAAACAGCACAGGCUUCUCUGCUGGCAGGACAGCAGCUGGCAUCACACAGAUGCACCUUUGGCCUUUGGAGGUGCUUUUGUGCUGCUCCAGCUGCAGGAGCUGUGUCUCACUCCUCUGGGGUGAGCGUGAAGCUGCUCUGGGAAAUGCUUUCCUGGGAGCGGCUUUUGGCCGGCUCCUGGAGCUCAGUCAGUAAUGAGGGAACAUCUGGGUAAUGCUGUACCUGCAGCUCACCAGCGCCUCAAAACCAGUGAACAAACCAUAAACCAGCGUGGGUUUUGCUGCUGAGCUGGUAAUUGUACCUGCUGAUGGCUAGAGGGAGGAACAAGAUUUUAAUCACUGGAAGCUUGAGUCUGAGAAAGGAUACGAGAGUCUUCUCUGAAAAACCAAACUUGAACUUAAAAUCCCAGAUCCAAACCCUCCUGGGCUGUUUUAGACUGUGUGCAUAAGAAACUCAGUAAUGGCUAAUGUAGAAUUCUGCAUCUUUUCUGCCUCAAACCCAGCGUAUUUCUGGAGCUCACCCAAGGGAAAACCAUUUAAUUACAAUGUGAGAGCAGCUGUCAGCCCAAUGCCACCAAACAGCUCCCUGCUCUGGGAACUUCUCCCUGGCCUGAAAGUCCCUGCAGGUCCUGGUUGAUUCCUUUGUUGUGAAUGAAUUAUCCAGUGAAUUCAGCCUUUUUUUUUCUUGUGCAAAAAUUUGUGUAAGCCUCAGCUAAGUACCUUCAGUGAAUCAUUUUUAGAAAGUAGAUUAUCCAGGGAGAAUCCACUAUGGGAUUCUUACAGCAAUUUAUUAGCUUAAAUCAUGGGGUAUUUACCUGCUCCAUAUUUGGAUGGUGAAAUAAUACAUAACAAUGAAUACACCGUUUUUAAAAUCACAUCAGACAUUUUUAAAAAAGAAAAAAUGGCUUUAUGAAAAAUAUUUAAAAAAAUAAUUUUAGGGAAACCACUGUAAAAUGAAAAAAAAAAAAACAAAAAAGAAAACCACCCUUUUAUUUUGGUGACAUUUGUACAUGAUUUUUUUUUUUUUCCUAUGGAAGUUUUAAGCCAGGAAACAUUUGAUUCCUUGCCAGACUCUGAGUCUGAUUCCAAAAUGAAAAUAUGAGCAUGGUAAAAGCCAGCAGCCUUCUCAGUUGCAUUGUGAGGACAUUGCUGUCUGCUGAGGGACCACUUGGCAUGCACAGGUCUGAAAACACGUGCACAAAGUGUCAUGAGGGGGGACAGAGCAGGACUCACAUGAGGAAUAACUCCACCAGUGGAUUGUGGAUCCACUUGAGACUCCAAAAACAUGGAUUUUUUUUUUUGGCUCUGGCUCUGCUUUCCUCACUGAACAAGGCUGAGUUGCUUCCCUUUAAAGCUGUUGUAAAAAGGUGUGAAAUAGGGACAGGUAUUGAAGCCUUUUAGGAGAUCAGUGAAAUAUAAAUGUAUUUGUGAAAGAAAAUGAACAGGGGUAAUGAUAACCAUGGAAAUGGAUAGCAGGAAAAUUUGAGUGGAGGGGCAAAUGAUCUGAGGAGAAAAUCCAGUGUAACUCUUGUAACGUGACUGGGAUAGCAAAUGUUUUGUUAUUCAAGUUCCUCAUUCCAUCCCUGACAUUUCUCAUGUUUCUCAAGUGAGGUUUCACCAAUCAGCACAAACUCUUUGUUUACUGCUUAAUAAAAAUAACCAAAUUAUCCUUAUUUUAUGAAAUCUUUUUCUGAUUAUGCAUAUUUUGCUGGCAGAUUGUAGUGCAUAUUGCUUCAUUGUUUAAUUAGGACUUAAUGCUAAUGUCAUUAACAUUCUAUUUGAUAAUUCAGUAGGUUGCCUAUUUAUAGACAUAAUGAAAGUCAUAACUUUUGUAGUGAAGUGCUUCUGACUGUGCUAUUAAAUUGAAAAUAAACUUACUCUAACCUGACAUUAGCUUUCAGUUUCAUUGGCCAUGGUCCAGUGAGUCUGAAAAAUGGUGCUGCAUGCACUAAACAUGGGGGGUUUUAAUUAUUAUAUUUUUGGUUGAGUCUAAGUCAUUCUUUCCUUUGAGGAGAAAAAUAAAAGAAAGAAAUAGACCAAACUAAGCAAGAAUUUCAGAAAACUGAUCUAAAGUUUUAAGUACUGUCCUUGAAGACAGCCGGGAUUUGAAGCACUGAGUAAGUAAGUUACACUACUUAAGUAACUGGAAUCUUGUCCAAAUUUUAUUUGGUGAUACUGCUUCUAAAUCAAGUAAUUAGACAGCACUUUACCUCUCAGUUUCUUAGCACAAAUAUGGAUAUGUGCUUUAUUUGUGGCUGUAAACUGCAAAAUAAUUGCUGGAUUUUGUACUCCAUGUAAUCCCUUUAGUAGGAACAGUAAAUUCUAUGGAUUUCUCUCUUUAUGGCUUUUCCCUAAGUAUUUGUAAAAUAUUAUUUGCAUCAAUUAUCUUUUCUAGGGAGAUGUUCAAAUGAAAGCAGUGAGUUAUAUUCCUGUCACAAGACCUAGUAAGCAGAUCCCUGUUCUGGAUAUUUGACUGUUGUCCUUAAAUCCUUAACUUCUAAAUGUGGUUUAUAUUCAGUUACCUGAUUAUGCACACUCUUAUUUUAAUUCACCUUUUUACAGCCUGAAUUCUGCCUAUUUGUAGGGCUCAUUUUGUAAACUUUGUAACAUGUCCCAGU